AUGGCUUUGUUGCAGAGUAACUCCGAGAAUAUCAUUCCUGCUGAAAACGGUGCAAUGGAGGGCGUGGAUAGUGUAGAAAAUGCAAAAAAGGUUGUGGAGGCUGAAGAGGCUAAAGGUGAUGCGAAAGAAGUUAAUGACACAUCUGAUAAAACGGUAGAAAAAUCAGCCGAGCAAAACGACGUUGUUGAAGAAAGUGCUAUGGAUACCACUGAACAGAAACCAUCCCAAGAUGCAUCCCUUAAAGAGCAGCCUUCAAAAGAAGAGAAAGCGGAUGAAGAAAUGCCUCAAGAAACGCCUGGUAAAACAGAUAAGGCGGAAGAGGCAGAGGAGGAAGAGGAGGGCGAUGAUGAGGAGGGAGAACCCGAACAGAAGAAAGGAAUAUAUGAUAUGCCAUUGGAAGUUGAAGGGAAGCGAGAAAGGCAUAAGGUGGAAAGGAUUACUAUCGCUACGCCAACGCCUAAAAAAACUGUGGUACGGAUGGGAGAUGGCGUACCUUUGGGAGAGAUUGCGUAUAUCGAAGACCAACUACACAAGAAAUCAGCUGAGGAACUGAAAAUCAUGCAUAAGGUUCUGUACGGAAAUCCUGGAAAGGCAACCACAUUAAAGAGGGAAAUACGCAAGUUCAAAGGAUUUGCUUUUGAGGAGGAUUCACCAGAGUUCAAAAAGAAAGUUGCUCUGCUCAAUAAACUCACUAGCAAACAAUUAGCGACAAUCAAAAACGUGCUUGGAUUGCAUAGCGGUGGACAGUCAAAGGAUGCAGUGGUCACCACCAUUAUGGUAUUUCUUAUGAAAACUGUUGAUCAUGCUCGUCGUGUACCGGGAGGGAAGAAACGUAAAUCGUCUGGAAGGACUCCAACUUCGGCUAAACGAUCCAAGAAGGCCAAAGGCGAUGAUGAGAUUCUAACUGAAAGCGAUGACGAAGAUGAUGAUGAUGAGAAGCCACCUGCAAAGACACCAGCCAAGACCCCAGCAAAGGCAACAACGAAAACACCUGCUAAGUCUGCGAGAACGCCGAAGAGGGCUGCUACAACAAGAACUCCAAGAAAGAAGAGAGAAUCCAGUGCUUCGAAAGAAACGGCUUCAAAAACAGAUUCUGAUAGUGAUGACAGUGAUUCGAAGAAGAAGAAGUCAAAGAAGGCUUCGAAGAAGGACAGCGAUGACGAGACAAGCUCUAGCAGCUCUGUAGAGACCCAGAAGGAGAAGGAGGUCAGUCCCACGGAUAAGGAGCUAGAGGCCGUGAUCGAGGAGCUUCUAUCGCAAGUGGACUUAUCACAGGUCAGCAUGAAGCAGAUGUGCCAAGCGGUGAUUGAGAAGUUCCCCGGAACGAACAUCGCUACUCGUGUAGACUACUUGAAGGGCAAAAUCAAGCAGAGCUUGUCGUCAAAGUAA